AUGAUUCCCUCGCAGUGGGAAAGGCACUCAAGCCGCGCCUGCUCCAGCGAUUCCCUUUUGCUGCAGGCUUCAGAAGCGACCAUCGUUGAUCGUGGUUUGAGCCUGGGAAGGGCGCUUCUCUCGGAAGCAGACUGUAGAGCACAGUGUGAUGCACGGUGGGAUUGUUCCUUCGCCUCCUGGAGCUCAAGCAGUUGCAGCCUGUAUUCUCAAUGCCUUCAGGUCUCCAAAAGCCAGUUCAAGCUAUUCCAGAAGAGUUCAGAUGCCAGAUGGCAGCUGGGGCCACUCCUGAUUUCAAACCUUCUGUCACUGCUUUUUCCAUCUAUGUCCGGCCUGGCAAUGUGUUCGGUUCUUGCUUCCGCUGGUUGGUCGCUGGUCGCUUCGGGUCUGGAGAUCGGCGUGGCCGCUGCUUUGUCCGCGGCGUCAUUGGUCCUCCAGUUUGCCGCGCAGCAGCAGCUCCAGGAGCGCAAGAUGCAUGUGCAGAAGGAUGAAGCAGCCAAGAAUGUGAGGCAGAGAGAAAUCGAGCAGAAGCUUUGGAAGGAGGCCGGCAGCGUCUGGAACAGGUUCCGGGGCUUGGUGCACAAUCCCUUGGACGAGAUUGUCAACGCUAUGGAGUCGGUUGCAGACAGAGCUUGGGAGAUUGAGCAGCUGCUAGAUCAAGAAGCGGAGAAUGCUGCAGUGGAGGAUGGGAAGUCUUCAGCACUCGCUGUCAAGGGAAUGCCAAAUGCUACUGUCAAAGCAGGUCUUCUGAACAAGGCCAAGCACCAUCUGCAGGCUUAUGCCAGCAGGCUUCAGUCAGAUCCUGGCAUGGCUUUUGACCGAGAUGAUUUGUUAACAGAACUAGCCAAAGCCACAGAAGACGCCGGCGCUGCUGCGGGAGGUGCCGCUGUUGAUAUUUGCAAAAAAGUGGCCUUUGCAGUGUCUGGUGGUUGGAUUGGCGUGGGUGCAGCAGUCGGUGCAACCGUUGCAUCUCAUGGCCGCGCUUCCAACAGUGCAGAGGCGCCCGGGGCGACUGAGAGUCUCGCAGUGGUUGAAGAUGGGGACGGCCUGCAGCGGCGUGCCACGAAAGGGACGCUGGGCUUUGUGUUUGGAUGUGAGCCAGAGUUUUCCAGCGUCUUUUGUCCUUUGAGAGCAUUCGACGAACAGCUUGCGACAGCCGGAUUGAUUCCGAUUGGAGGGAACCGCCGUGGUGCAGGGCAGGGAGAAGUUGGCAAGAAGCAACACGGCGGACGUCCUAUGCAGAUGGCCAGACUGAUCGCAGACGGAGGGACACCAGAAGUUAUGGAGAAGGCCAGACUGAUCGCGGACAGAAGGCAGAGUUCGUUGCACUGGGAGGGCGGGCUGGCGCCGCGCCUGUUGGCGAGGGACUUGUCCGGUCGUUCACGGCAUCGGAAUCAGUCGCCGGACCCGUCCAAAGCUCUGGGUUCCAUCCCUGGAAAGACGGAGACCAUUCCGAGGCCAGCAGAUGCUGUCCAGCGUUCAGAGCAAUCGGUUACAGACGCAGAUGCUCCACAAAAGUCCGGCGGCACUGAGGAAGUGUCAACUCCAGGUACGGCAUCGGAGUGUACAGACGCAGACCCUUGCGAAGUGGCGGUGGCAGCGAGCCCCGCCAAGCAGAUUACACGGCCGGGGCUUGCCGCCCUAGCUCUUCUGCUGACCCUUCUCCCCGGGUUUUUGUGCCGGAUGUUGGAGGUCAAUCUGCCUUCCAUACAGUUGCACUUUCAAAGGACAGAUGGAAGGGACCACCUUCCAUCGGACAUCUCGCGCCAGCAGGUGCUUGAGGUUAUUCGUGGCAACUCAGCCCUUCCGAAAAGGUGGCAGAUAUCAGAAUCCGAUGCUGCCUCUGGAGACCCCGUUGUGUAUGUGACCACGUCCACAGCUAGCCGCUGGGAAGAGACCCUGUUUGUGGAGCGCCAGUUUAGGCAACUCAAAGAGAGAAUCCACGCGCUGCUUCUGAUUCGCUUGGCUCCCUUCGACCAGUGCGAGGAGAGGGAGGAGCGCGACAAGGUGGAGGAGUUCAUCUCGGAGCACAACAGCUACAAGCAUUUCGGGAAGCCGGUGUGGAUCUGUUCCUGGGAUGGUGAGCUAAAGAUUGACGACGCAGAGUUGAGGCUAUCUGUGAACCGUCUUGACAGGGCUCUGCUGCCGUACUGGUGGAGAGCUCUGGCAAUGCCGAAGUUUCUGUGGUAG